CCUGAGUACGCAGCUCUCAUUACAAUUUUGGCGGCCUCAGAUAUGGGUUACCGCCCCCCGUGGCUCCAACGAAUCCAAGAAUCCUUAGCAUGGGAGGCAUCGAAUGCGUGCCUGUCGAACGCGAACUCGAUUUCUCGGGGAAACAGGUCGUGGCCCCGACAGAGAAAGAGCCAAUAUCCAGCCUAGAGAGUGAAAAGGCGGACAGGCUACCACUUCCAAAAUUUCGAUGGCAAAGGAUUCCAGUGCGGUACCGUGUCCUUAUCAUCGUCGCAAUUAGCACUUCCGUCGCCAUUGCCGUGGGCUUGAGUCUCGGUUUUUUGCUGAAGAAAGGCCAUACCGCUAGAUCACAUACGCUCACACUUGGAGUUGCUGGCAUAGUAGCUGCCUACAUGCCUAGCCAGUUACAACUUCUACAGAGAGGGGUUGGGGUACGGUGGCCUACCGUGCCUACCGUGCCUACUGCUGUCUCUAAUUAGUGCUUCUGCCUACGCGUACAGUCACUUCCUACGUAGUAUAUAGUUUGGCCUUCGGGCCCCCGAAAUAAGACAGAGUUCACAUCAAUU